AUGAUUUAACAACAAAUAGUGUUUGAUAGAUAUUAUACUUUAAUUUUAUAAAUCUAUCAAUAAUUUUAUUUAUUAUAAAUUAAUUAUUUAAUUAAUUAGCUAACAAAGUUUUGUUUUAUUUUAUUUGAUUAAGUUUUAUAUAACAAAACCUUUAUAUUUAAAUUAAUCAAUUAAAUACUUAAUUAGCUCAACAUAAAACUUAUUAAGCUAGUAUAAAUGAACCGUAAAAAUUCAGGAUAGGAAAUAGGUCAAGGAAAUUAAUAUAAUUUAGAGAACUCUAGUGAUUUAGAACUCUAUGAGGUUAAUUUUUAGCAAAAAAAGAUGAGCUCAAAAGCGAAGUCAAACAAUUUGCAAGAAGAAUACCAUUAUGAAGAGGGGAACGACGAUUAUAUUAAUAUUUACAAAGACCCUAUUAGAAGUGAAGAUGAGGAGUAAGAUUCCUCAUAAUAACAAUAAGAUAACCACAAUUAAAAUCAACACUAUCUAUACAAUAAUCAUGAAAAUCAUGAUGACGACGAUGAUGAUGAAUUAGAUGAAGUCAAUGGAAUUAGUUAAAACUCUUAAAGAUAAAGAUAUGCAACUUAAGAUUAUUUAUAAUAAAAUUGUUAUGGAGAAGAUCAACAAAAUCAAUAAGCAAAUUAUGCUGAGAUAGUCAGAGGUUAAAUUUAGUAGCAUAAUCAAGAGUUAGAGCAUAUAUCACAAGAUUAUCUCAAUCAGUAAAUCUAAAAAAAUAUAAAUGAAUUUUAAAAUGAAAGUAACCAACAAAUGCCACCUUCAGAAAUAAAAACUCAGCUUAGUAAAAAUUCCACUUCUCAAGUAGCAAAGAAUAGCAGCAGCUAGCAUAGUUCAGAAUAGAAUGAAGAAAAUAUAAGAUUUGAAAAGUAAUUGUCUAAAAUGACACCUGAGGAGGCUGAAAUAGAAUAUCAAAACAGAUAUCAAAAAUAACUUUUAGAGUUACAAUAGAAGUAGUAGUCAUUUAAAAAAGGAAUAGAUUAGUCAGGAACUUCUUCCCAAGCUAACAGCUCAAAGCAGACAUUUACUAUUUAAUCAAGCAAUCCUUCUCACUAAAUAAAAUCUUAAUAGGUAUCUUAAACAAAAAAAUAAGAAACUGUAUAAUAAUAGUCUUAGUAAUAAUAUAAAAAUCAAAGCUUAACUCAAAAAUUUUCAUAACAAUCAAUAAAAGAUGUUAACUCUCUCGAGCAAUUAAAAACUGUAAAAUCCUCUCUUAUGAUUAGCUCUUAAGAAACAUUAUAAAAUAAUUUGCAUGGCACUUAGGCAAAUAUACCAAGGCUAUCAUAAAUUAGUGAAACUAUUUCUAAAGAUUCUAAAGUAUAAACUAAAAGCAGUGUUAUAAAAAAUAAUACAAACACUAUUAUCUCUAUCAAUAAUAAUAAUAACAACAACAGUAUUAUGAGUAAUAAAAAACAAUAUCACAGUUAUCAAAACGCAACUUAAUAAAGACCGUAAAGUUCGCAACCAAAAAAAUAAGAUCAUUAAACUGAGCUAUUAUGUAAUAUUUAUUAUCAUGGAAUGCAAAUAAAGUAAGAAAAAGAAGAGAAAUUGAAGAAUAUAUAAAGAGAAAUUGAAACUAAAGACCUCUAAAAAUGUACAUUUAAACCUAAAUUAACAGAAAAAGCCUAAAGACUAUCCUUAAAUAAUAACAACUAUUUGCCUAUUGAAGAUAAGACUUAGAUUUAUAUGAAAAGAAAAUAAAUAUUGAUCGAAAAAAGAAUCGAAGAGAAAAAAAAGGAAGAAACAGUUGGCUGCACUUUUAGACCUUAAAUUAACCCUAAGAAAUAUAAAUCUCUUCCUUAGGAUGAUGAACAUAAUAUGAGUGUUUAUGAUAGAUAAAUUGAGUGGCAAAAAAAAGUUUCAGAAAAAAAUACUGAAAGAAUGAAGAAUUCUUAUGCUUCAAUAAUGACUCCAAGCAAAAAAACAGAAAGCCAAACAAGAAAUAAUUCAACUUAGAAAAAAUCAAAUUACAACCAACAAAAUCAUUCAAAUGCUACCAUAACAAAUUCAGCAAAAAGAUUAAAAGGAUAUGAGUAAGAAAAAGGUUUUUUUUCGGAGAAAAGAGUAUCACCAACAUUCCUAACCUAUCUUAAUUGCAAAUACGAUUAUAACCACUCAAAUAGCAUAGACUAUUAAAAGAACUAAGAAAUUCCUCAAAUACUGACAACAAAACCUCAAGAAAAAGAUCAAAUUUAUUAAGUUUAGAAUUUUGAUGCAAAUUAAAGCGAAACUCAAAAUUAAAAAAUUUAGAAAGCUAUUGAAGUGUGUUAAGAGUUAGAAAAUAAUCUAAAACAGAGUGGAUUAAUUUAAAAUAAUAAAGAAUAGAAUAGUGAAUAUACAUUUGGGACAACCAAUUAGUAAACUGCAGCAUUUUUUUAAUAAAAGGAGUAGAAUUAGUAAUAAGGUCUAUCAAAAAACUCAAACUAACCAAAAAUUUUCUAACAGAAAAAUAAAAAUUAGAUGUAUUUUUCUGAAAAUAUUUAGAUUAAUUAAUCGAUUUAAAGCAUGAAGCAAAAACAUUCUGUACCCUCUCGUAUAGAUUAGAUUAAGUAAACUAUAAAUAAAUCUCUUUAAGAUUAAUUUUAGUCAUCUAAGAGUAUAUCGAAAUCAUCAUCAAAUGCUUAGCUUUUAAAGCAAUAUUCAUACCAAAAUACCAUUCCUUAGAAGGUGAAUUUCUCAGGAAUAUCUUAAUUGAAUAAUAUUGUAGUAUAAAAUAAUCAUUACACCUUAAAUGAUCCUAACUCAUAGCAAGAUGUAGAUGAAUUUUAAAUAGUGAAGUAGCAAUUAGGAAACAAUUUUUAUAAGCAAUAUAAAGAUAAAGCUUAAUAGAAUAAGAAUUCGUCAUUCCAGGAUGCUUAGUUCUUUAGCUCAAAGAGCCAAUAAAUAGCCAAUCAGAACAAUCAAAAAAUUCUAUAUUAAUAAGCUAUAAAAAUAAAUAAAGAAAUUAAAGAACUUCAAGGAUAAUAAAGACAUGAUAAUUCUUAAUAUUUAUAACAGCAAUAAUAAUAGUAAGUUUUAGAAGAAUACGAUAUGAACUAAAUUAAUUAAUGA